UCUGACGCAAUAUUAUGAGGCAGCAAGGGCAGGAAAGAAAGGGACUGGAGGCGGAGCAACUCUUCUUUAAAAAGAGCUGAGAAAAACGAAUGUAAACAACGUAGAGUGGAAGAAACAGCAAACUAAGACCAAGGUCUUCACUAGCAUCGUCUUUGUUUUUACUAGUCGGAGCAAAAAUCUUCUGGGCAUUGUUUUGUUUGACCUGUCACGUAGUAUUUAGCAUUCUAUAUUACAAUUUGUCACUUGUUUGAAUUUUGUGCAAUUCUUUAAAACCACAAAAAUGAGUCACGUCGAUGUGAAAAACCUUAAACCUACUACAUUUGAGGAUUGCUACUAUGACCAAUAUGAAUAUUACAACCUGACAGACCGUUAUGCUGAGUGCGCUAGCCGCAAGGGCAGGACAAAGAAGGAGGCUCGCUGCAACACCAACAAACACAACCCUGCAGGGCAUGAGCGCAAAAUCGUCGAGAAACUUCAGAAUUCUGAAAAGAAGAACAAAGAGUAAAAAUGACAGAGAACAUUUGCCUCUACUUUUAGAAUAAUUCGGACGGCUUAAACUGGCAACCGACCUAGGGCGCCUUGACGACAGGUUUCAAAGGGCAGAAGACAGGAGGGGUUUUCCGAUGUUCCCUCCAGUUAUGAAGAAGACUGCUGGCCUAUGGGGUCAUGGGGACAACUCUCCGUAGCCAGUGUUUUGUAUGCGCUUGAGGGGAUUUUCACAGGCACGUGCGGUCUGCUGUGCCAUGCAGAGUUGCGCACCUGUUCAGGUGAACCCUGGAGAAACUGAGGUGCACGUGCUGUCAACGGUACUUUUAUGCUUUGUCUAACUGUCUUUGUGUUUUUAAAUAACAGGAUAUAUUUUAAUUAUUUGUAACUCCAAAGAGCAUCAAGAAAAAGACAAGUAUGUUUUGUAAUAUGCAAGUCUUAGCGCCCCCCCCCCCCAAACAAGGUCAUGUUCAGAUUAAAUGAACAAGGAUGCACACUGUCUGUAGUCACUGGUUGUAUUUAAUAUUUUUACACUUGCUUUACUUUACUAAUUUGUUACAUGCAUGUACUUGGUGGAAUUCAAAUGGAAUAGGAUGCUUAAAUGUUGUUAAGUCAGUAACUACAUGGAGCCCAAGUCAUAUUGCGGGUCUCUCUUAUUCAUAAACGGUGGCUACAUGCACGCUGAUCAGUGUCCUUCUCUCUUUGAAACAUUAACACUGAUUAUAAACUGAUGUUAAAAUAUUA